GAAGGUACCACGCGAUGGAAGACCCAGCAGUUGCUGAUUAGUCUAGGACAUGUCGCCUCUUAGGUUCUAAAAGGGCCUUCACUGUCCACAUUUGACUUCCCCAUUUCCCCACCCUUCCACGCUCCCACAUUAAGUGGAACGGCCCGCUAAUAUUACCGACUGCGCACCACAAACAUGGCUGCUCCCUCCUCUCCGGACCACGUGGAAGUGGACACUGCUCAGGGAGAGCAGGAUGAACGGGACUCGGCGUACGGCGACGGCGUCUCGUCGGCCUCGACGUCGCUCCGCAGCAGCGUGCUCCGGUACGAGUGGAAGCACGGGCGCCGCUACCACGCCUACAACGCGGGCGCCUACAACUUUCCCAACGACGAGCCCGAGCAGGAGCGGCUGGACAUGAUCCACCACGUCUACUUCCGCUGUCUGAACGACCGCCUCUUCCUCGCGCCCGUGGACCCCAACGCCGGCUUGCGUGUCUUGGACAUCGGAACCGGCACCGGCAUGUGGGCGAUCCAUCUGGGCGACGACUACCCGGGCGCCGCCGAGAUUGUCGGCAACGACCUGUCGGCCAUUCAGCCGACGUGGUGUCCGCCCAAUGUUCGCUUCAUUGUCGACGACGUGGAGCAGGACUGGCUGGAGCCGCAGCCGUACGACUUCAUCCACUGCCGCUACAUGGCGGGCUCCAUCAAGGACUGGCCGAGGCUGAUCAGGCAAAUGUACGAGAACCUGAAGCCCGGUGGCUGGGUCGAGCUGCAGGAGAGCGCGAACACCCUUUAUAGUCAGGAUGGGACGCUCGCCAAAGAUAACCCGAUGGUGACCAUGAUGGAGGGCUUGAUGGAAGCUUGUGAGAAGAUUGGGCGCACCAUGGACCCGGCGCCGAGUAUGGAACAGUGGGUGAGGGAGGCGGGGUUUAUGAACGUCAAGGUUGACACCUUCAAGCUACCUGUUGGCUCAUGGCCCAAGGACCCGAGACUCAAGGAGAUUGGCACAUUGCUGGGGGUGAAUUUCAAGGAGGGGGUCGAAGCCUUCACCGCGGUCUUGUUCGCCGAUGUGCUUGGGUGGAAGAAGGAGGAGAUUGCCGUCCUCAACACAGGCGUCCGGAACGCUGUGAAGAAAGGGGAUGCCCAUGCACUCUUUGACUUUUUGGUCAUUACUGGACAGAAGCCGGAGUGAAGGUUAGUCGGAUAUGAGAGUACAUUAGUGUUGUGGGCAAAUUCCCUACAGAAGAAUCGGAAUGAGCAGAUGUGGCCAAACAUUAAUCAUAAGAGUUACAGUAGAGAGCACUGGCAUUGGCCCGGUAUUAUCCGAGUUCAUCCAACAACCACCACAGCUUGUCACGACAAAUCCAAA